CACUUUCAGCACAAGACACUCAUAGACCAAAGGAAACAGUGUUGCUAUGGCUGCUUUGGGAAAGCACAAGCAUGACUACGAGACUACCUCUCGUGGCGGUUGGACGAUACUCCUGCAGACGUUUGCCUGCAAGCAUAGAACAAUAACUGCUCUAAUGAUGCAGCGCGAGUACGUGAGCUGCAUUUCUCGCCAUGUGGAACCUACGCCAAAGCUUCUACUGGAAUCACUAGCGCCAUUUAGUGUGUCUGAUGUGGGGAGCAUGUCAGCCAAACGCGCAUGCUGUAUGGGCAAUGCAAGGAGAAAAUGCCACCUGGAUUUCAUUGACCUGAAAAUAAUCAAUGCCUUGUACGCGAAAGAGCAAGCGGGAAGCGACAUGGCCGAUGCUAAGUGCUUCAUGGAGACCAUAAAGGAUUAUCGGCAUGUCAACUUCACUGCGUCGUCCUGGAAUGAUCUCGUAAAGCCCACGCCUUAUGAUGAUGACUACCGUGACUUUUUCAAGCUCUUUGCCCAUGCGGAAGGUCUUGUGGUUGAAGGCGGUAUCUAUGAUCGCAAUGGAGCGGACGACGUGGUAUAUCUACCGGAAGCCCAAGAACAUAGGAGGACUCGUAGUGCUCCUCGUCCAAGCACAUACUUCCCAUGCAUUGGGCCUACUUGCUCCUUGGGAGGCAACGCCGACCGCAACAACCCUACAGACGGUUCCAGGGAAAUCUAACGCUGUGUAUUGCAUCGCCGCCCCUCCAAAGUUCCCAUGUCUUAUUAAGCAAACCUUUAGGACGACGGGAUUUGACAACUACUCGUUUGAUGACGAGUUCAUCCCCCCUUUGAAAACUCAACCUCUAGGCUUCAGAAAGACCACCCCAACGCGCCAUUGGUAUUAG